UUUGUGAUUCUACUCGAAUGAAAUAAUAAACCAUUGAUAAACUGUGCCUAAUUACGUGAAACCAUCGUAAUUAGUAAAUCGUAGAGAGCUGUCGCCAUCUAGUGUGUCGAAAAAUUUAACGUCCCCGGGACCGUUUUUCCAGAAUAUUUAUUCGUAGAGCAUCGACGAGGCGAGCAGGCCAUCCUAUAUUUUAAAGGUAGACCCUCCGCAAGACCCGUCGGUGGACCCAUCUAAAAACGCCACCAGUGUUUCAGAGAAAAUGGAAAGUCAACCCGCCGAAAAUAAUACAGAGGAGUCUUCAUCCAGUUCUAACAAGUCACCUAGUAAACCGCACUAUCCUAUAUUAGCUGCCUCAAAAUUUGGCAAUCAAUUUGGAAGUAACGACUUCACAAAGUCCUUCGCUAAUAAGAGAAGAACAUCAAUAUUGAGGCCAUCGCAGUUGGGUGCAGUGACAAAUAGUCAGCCGGUCAACAAGUCGUUCCUGCAACCAGCAAAGUUUCAAAAUCCCUUCGCCAAAGUUACAGACAAUUCCCCAGAGGAGAAGAGCGAAACUGCAAGUGAAAACACCAAGAUGGAAGAAGCAGGAAAGGAGAAGGAAGAAGAACCAGAGAAGGAGAAAGAAGUAGAAGCAGAGAAGGAAACCAAGAGUGAGGAGAAACCGGAAGAGGAAACGCAGUGCAAAUUUUUGCCGUUGGGUGCUAGCACAAAGGAGAAUGAAAGUAAUAGUGUAGACAAUGCGGUAGCGCCCUGUACCUCGGAGCCCAGCUUCGUUUUCGGUCAGAACUUAAAGGAACGAGUGAUGGUAGCGAAUGAUACAGGAAGCUCGGAGAACGCGGAAGCCGAGGAAAAGAAGGAAGAAAGCACAAACGAAAAUGGCUCCUCAGAACUUCUGUUCUCGAACGCUCCAGUGGCCUGCCGUCCUACAACUAGACCGGGCCUGACCUUAACACAGGCAGCACAGGAAUUAGAAGAAGCGAACCGCGCAAACAAGAGAAAAUACAAUGAAGUGACACCGCUGACCGGCGAGGAGGGGGAAACGAACGUACUGCAAAUAAACUGCAAGCUGUUUGCGUUCGACAAAGCCAGCAGCGGCUGGCAGGAAAGGGGAAGAGGCACCUUAAGAUUGAACGACCGGGACGACGAGGAGUCGCGUUUAGUGGGCCGUACCGCUGGCACCCAGAGAUUAAUUUUAAAUACGAAAGUCUGGCCUGGUAUGACGGCGGAAAGAGCCGCGCCUAAGUCGCUUAGAUUAACGGCGAUGGACGUCCACGGGGACAUAAGGAUCUUCAUCGUUCAAGCGGCGCCUAAAGAGAUAGAACAACUGCACAAUCUGUUGCAGCAGCGGCUGAGACGCGCGCAAGAACGGCAACCGAAGAAGGUCGCGACCGAUCACUGACGAUCGUUCAACCGCCCCUGUGAAACGUUUGCUCUUUGUUACCCGGAAGUCGCCAACGCGUGAGAAGAGUCGAAGAAGAACGUUUCAGAUGUCAGGCCCUAUCUAGUACACACGUGCGCAAUAGAAUGGCUAUGAUUUGUGCCUUCGCUCGGAGGUCUUAAAUCUCGGAUCAUCCCCGUGGCACGUGCCUGGUCUUCGCUGCCGGACGAGAAAUUCGAUACCAACGCGACAAAAACGAAGGAAAAAUCGUAGCUCUCCCACCCUCCCUCCCCCUCCUUCCCCUCUAUCACGGUGCGCAAGACAAAUCCGGACGACUUACUUUUUCUUUUAUUUCGCGGCCCACGAAACGCCUCUUCUGAUCAUUCCCAAUCGAUACAAACGCCGUUCCUUUCGUAAAUGAAAAUUCGAGGCAACGUUCGAGAACAAAAGAAACAGAAAAAUGCAAAAAAAUAAUGGAAAAAACACGAAUGCGUUGGCGUACACACGCGAGUCACUAGAUAGACACUUUUGAUAAUAGUUAUAAUUAUAUAGGCGGUAACGAGACGGAUCAUGGAAUCGCGUGAAGGAAGCUUAAAAGAGGACGGAGGCUGAACGGAAUCAAUGCGAGCGGAGAGUAGCGCGUUCAUCAGUUUAAACCCGACAUCCCCUGCAAAAGGGAUUCGUCGUAACUUUGAUCAUUGCGAUACCUCGUUUCGAUUUAGAUUUCUAUUUCCGGUCGGCUGUAGUAAUUAAAACGAUACAUUUGUAAGAACGAUUACCGUUAGUUUAUCUUUAUUAUUUAACGCGUAGUUCUGCCGUGAGCGGACGAGACAGCUGAAUUGCACGCGCUCACUGACAAAACUAUUCUGUUGCACACACACACACACACACACACAAAACAAACAUACACGCAUACACAUUUAUAAACACUUACACAUAUAUACACACGCCACGAAUCUUCAACAUUCUUGCGAGCACAAAGCGAACCACCAUCGUGUACGAACAACCCUCUGUAACUACUUGUACUUUAAUUUGUAAAUAGCGCCAGCAAGACCGUGUGAAGUGGAAAGGCUGUGUUCGAGGCGGCUCCUCUCAAAACAUUUUGCUUAGCAAUAUAUUUAUCAAUCAAGCUCUGCGCGGGUACAAUCGUAGACAUGGCCGCGAGUUACCCGAGCGGGACGCAAUCGUCGUACUAAUACGUCUGCGACGUGACGCGCCAAUAACGACAGAAAGGAAUUACUUGACCCCUUGCCCUAUGAUCUUUGUCAACCUUAAUCGACACGACCAUUUUGUCAUUAAUUGAGAAAACGAGAAAAUUCUAGGCACAUUCUAUGUAAUGAUUGAUAACGGAAAAAUAACGUUUAAUUUGAAUUCAAAGGAAUCGAGUGAUACCUGUGUUUGCUCGAUUCUGUUUGAAACCAUUAGCACGAGUCUUGCAUGAUGUUAUAGGGCAAGGGGUUAAAUGCUGUCCACUGAUAGGCUCACGAGUAACUACGUUUUUCUCUGAACUUGCUGCAUACAGAACGGAAAUUCACUGUACACAUCGUUAAUUACAUUAAGAAAAGAAGAGAGAAAUACAGACGUUUGCUUA